AACGGGAAUAAAAGUAACAAGCAAUUAGUUUUAAUUGUCUCUAUAAAGAGCCAAUUAACUUUCAUUUAAUUGUCGUAUUUGACUUUACAUUACAACCAAUCAAUUUGGAACCAUUAUGAUUGUUAUCAAAUUUUUAACAGUUUUACCUUUAAUUAGCUUGUUGGUUAACUGUAAUCAUCUACAACGAACUGAAUUAGUUGAUGAUCGUAUUCAUAUUAUCACGGAAAAUGUUGAUUGGUCAUUUUUUCAAGAUCUUGAUAUAAUUCAUCAGGCCAUUCGGCUUCGCCAUGGUGUCUCUGAAUUAUAUCCAAAUGAAACGUUGAUUACUGCAGCUCGUCAUCGUGCUGUGGUACGUGCAUGGUAUGAAAAUGCUCCACCACCGGAAGAGCAUGACAACGAUGUUGCUGAAAACGUUUACUAUCAAUCUAAUCCAGAAGAUGCUGUAUCAGCUGUUAAAGUGUUGACCAAUUGGUAUGUCCAAGAGGAGAAAUCAUAUAAUUAUGAGAAUCCAAUUUUUACACCUAAUGUUCAACAUUUUGUCAACAUUGUUUCAAAAACAACUCAACAAUAUGGCUGUGGUCAAGCUCGAUCUGCUGGUCAACAUGGAGGUGGUAUCUAUACGGUUUGCCUUUACUCUCCCCCCUAUCAACCUGGAAAAGAGAGUGAAAAUAUUGCCAAGCCACUUUUUGACUUUAAAACUGACCAAUUUGAUUUCUCAAUGGUCGAUGAUUUAAAAGUUGGAUUAGUUUCCAGUUAAACUUUCGAGGAUAAUAAAUCAAUGUCCAAUUUAAUACACUAAUCAAAUCCUUUCGAAUCACUAUCAUCAGCAUGAUUCCAUGGAGUAGAAACUCUGAAACAAAUAUAAAUUAUCAAUAUUCCUACCGAUUAAUUUCCAGAAUAUUAAUAGAGUUGCUUAAUUGAAUUAAAGUCUCUCAUUAAUAUCAAAUUGUGAAUCAAGAAAAAUCAACAAAUAAAGUUCAUUAAUCUGAA